AGCCUGUUUAGCGCCACGCGGCAAUUGGCUCUGACGAGACGCAUACCGACAACCCAUGCCCCAUUUCCACCAUACCGUUUCUGGCACCAGCCUGCCAGCAGAGCAGACCGACCAGUACAUCGAGGACGGCGGUGGGAUGGCACCGGGCGCCCGCGACCUGGACGUGGAGGCUGGCAGCCAGAGCCCCGCCGCGGACACUUCGCUGCCAGAGGCCCGCGCCGAGGACCCCCCGCCGGGCGUCCCGCAGGACGCCACUGCCGCGCCGCCGCGCGCCGGCCGCGGCGGCGCGCCGGUCGUGGUGCCGAUGCCGUUCCUGGCGCUGGUCCUGUUCACGGGCGCCUUGGCCGUGCUCUGGGCGGCCGACUUUUUCAUUUUCGUGGGGCCUGAGCUGGAGGCUCACCUGAGGCGCGCGGAGUCCAGCGGCGACAGCAGCCGCGUGUAUCGCGAUCGGCAAGACAGGCACGUCUACUACACCAACGUAUUGUGCUUCUUCCUCUUCGUCACCGUCCGCGGUCUCAUGCAGCUGAAGCCCGUUUGGCGGCGAUUGCAGGCGGCGCGGAGCGGCCUGCUGGGGCCCGCGAGGAGGUGCGCGUCCGUCGCGGUCGUGAACGGCCCGCUGUGCCUCUUCACCGUCAGCUCCGUGAUGCUCUGGACGGAGGAGUUCUUCAGGGCGCCGCGGAGUGCGGAGGAGGCCAGCGACAUCCAGCUCAGCAGGACGACUCUCAGGAUGUUUAGUCUAUACAGCUUGCUGGUGGCCUUGUUGUGCUGCGUGGUGUUGCUGUGGAGUGGUCUGAUUCGCGCGGAUGCGGUGAUCGAGGCGGGCCGCAGCAGCAGCAGCGGCAGGCCCGGCCCGGCAGGUUGCCUGGGGCACAAGUACAAGUUCAAGGGCAGGGCGCAAGGUUGCAGUGACGCCAUGACGCGCAGGGAUGCAGGCGACCACGAAUCUAUUAUUGCAAUGCUGCUCAUCGGAACUCCUGCGCACAUGAUCUCGGACAUGGACCUUGGGAAUCCAGAGGCGCGGUGCUACUUGAGGUCGUUCAAGCACCGCGGUCUUGCCACUUGCCCCAUCCUCGACGUGCAGGAAUUCAGCCAGCCAGUUCCAAUGUAUGAGGUUGGUACAAUACGUGGUCAUAACAGGUUGCCAUUUGCAGCAGUGGACUCUACCUUGUUCUUACGUGUACUACCAGAAGCUCAGGGGAUCCAGGACCAGUGGCGAGCAGCAGGCUACACGAUCAACCCUUCACAGUGGGUGUUUCGCCCUCAGAUCCCCAUGGACCAACUGAUCCUUGCACAUUCGUUCAAGAAUAUUGUUCUCUGGCCAGGUGCGGCAGGGGCGCUGAGCAGCAGCGAGCUCAUGGACAGUUUUGGUAUUCCUCACGAGUGCCCGCCCCUGCCAGAUCUCACAGAGGCGCCAGGUGAACUCAAGGCAUCGGAACUGGAUGCGGCAUGCGCUACGCUCGAGAAAUGCUUCGCCGCUUUGCCACAGAGUUCCAAGAGUGAUCAUGCAAAUUCAGUGAAGCAAUAUUUGCGAUAUCUAGGCGGGCUCGCGGACUCCCUGCGAUCUGGGCCAGGACAAGGCAAUCUGAACGCCAAGCAGGUGACCGCGGACAGCGCCAGCGAGGCAGACACCGACGAGGAGAACAAGGCGCGCGACUACCGGAGCUUGACACAGGAACUAAGCCGCUUAUACGAGCACCACAUGUUCGCAGCAGUUGGCAUGGGGUCGAAGUCCACGGCAGAGCCAGCGCCACAACCAGACAGCCACGAGGCCACCGACGACGACGGAAUCAUGAACCUCCCAGACAGCAUGGUGGAGACGGCGGAGCUAGAUCUACAAGUGGAGAGCGACGACGGAAUGGUCGAAGGCAAGGAAGCGCAAGUCUUCCACGGACCGAUCAGGCAGAUGAACUUGAAACCGGCAGAGUGGCGACUCGCCAGCUACAUCCCCUCCCUGCGGCAGCUGCAAUUCUGCGAGACUGGGCCAAGGCACUAG